AUCUUGAUUUACUUGAAAAACGUAAUCGACAUGCACUUAAAUGUGUACAAAUUGAAACACAAUUGAUAUAUGCAAAUUUGGAAGCAUUUGUUUAUAUUCUAAGUAGUCUUGGUAAUAGUCAAUGUAAAGGAUCAUCGGAUCUUCUUAAUAUUUGGAAAUCAUUUGCAAGUAAAAUAUCUCAACUUGGACAAAAUUAUAUUAAUAAAUCACCAAUACAACGAACACAUACAAUUGGAUUAAGAAAAUAA